AUGGUGGUACUCAGUCGCGCCUUACAACGCCUGCGCCGACGCGUCUUCCUGCCCAGGUCGCCCUUCCUGUGGGUUGUCGUCAUAGCCGCCUUCGUCGAAGUCGUCCACCACGCAUCGAAAUACCACGUCCCCACGCCCGCCCGCGAGCUCGAUGCGCCCUUUUACACAUCAUGCCAGGAACCCGUUACCGACGGCCCGCGCGAGAAUGCCGCCAUCGUGAUGCUGGCGCGCAACGAGGAAGUCGACAAGGCCAAGCGGUCGGUCGAGAGCCUCGAGCGGAGGUUCAACCAGUGGUUCAAAUACCCCAUCGUGUUUCUCAAUGACGAGCCCUGGAGCGACGAGUUCAUAGCUACGUUGAAGGCCGCUACGAGCGCCCUGACGAGCUUUGAGCUUAUCCCGAAGGAUGCCUGGCUGUUUCCCAGCUACAUCGAUCAGAAUGAUGCGCGCCAGAGCAUCAAGAAGCAGGGCGACGCCGGCAUCCUGUAUGCGGGCAAGGAGACGUACCACCACAUGUGUCGCUUCUUUUCUGGAUACUUCUAUCAGGUCGAAGCGCUCAAGAAAUACAAGUGGUACUGGCGACUCGAACCCGACGUCGAGUUCUCCUGUUCCAUUACCUACGAUCCCUUCGUCGAAAUGGCCCGCCAUGACAAGGUCUACGGCUUUACAAUAUCGCUCCCGGAGGAGAAGCGCACGUGUCCCAGUCUCUUCCGGAAGGUUGCGGACUGGAAGGAAGCCCAGAGUAUCCCCUCCACCAACCUCUGGAAGGCGAGCAUAGAUGCCUCCUGGGUUCCGUGGCCAUUCCGAGAUUAUUUGAGCUGGUUCUCACAUCGGGACAGCCACGGUGAUGGCUGGAACCUCUGCCACUACUGGAGUAACUUUGAGAUUGCCGACCUUGAUUUCUUUCGCGAUGAGCAUUAUCAGGACCUGUACCGGAAGCUGGAGCAUGACGGUGGGUUCUACUACGAGAGGUGGGGUGAUGCUGCCGUCCACUCGCUCGCCGUGAACAUGCUCGCCGAACCGCACCAGGUUCAUCACUUUGCCGACUUUGGAUACAGACACGACUGGUACUACCAAUGCCCUGCCAACGCGCCUGAAGGCCAGAUGCCCGAGUCUCAGACCUUGAACAGUGUGAAAGAGACCUGGAAGGGAGAGAUGUCUGGCGGGGUGGGCUGCCGAUGCGACUGUGAUGGUCGCAAGAACCGCAAUCACGGGAGCUACUGCCUGAACAAGCUGAAAGCCCCAAAUACUGCCCGCCGUCCCUGGUCGACUUGGAUGCUCAGUUGGGUAUUAUGA